CGCUGCCACCUGGUGGUCAGGGGGAGUAACAGCGUUUGCCCUGUGUGUAUUAGCACAGUCGAAGAUGGCGACUGGAGUCCUUUAUAGAGUUAGCGGUGGCUUGGCUCGGGCUAAAACCAGGGCCCAGUCCGCCGGACAGCUCGUCGUGUGGAGCAGGGGCUUAGCAACAUCAGGCAGCAGAAACAGAGAGAACAGCUGGUUCAAAUCACUGUUUGUGAGGAAAGUCGAUCCCAGGAAAGAUGCACACUCCAACCUGCUGACCAAAAAUGAGGAGAGUAACCUCUACAAAAUUCAGUUCCAUAAUGUCAAGCCAGAGUGCCUGGAUGCAUACAACAAACUCUGUGAGGAUGUUUUGCCCUCGAUCCAUGCUGAUAAGUACUACCCCUGUGAGCUGGUGGGCACCUGGAAUACCUGGUAUGGAGAACAAGACCAGGCUGUCCAUCUGUGGCGUUACAGAGGUGGAUACCCAGCUCUAACGGAGGUGAUGAACAAGCUCAGGCAGAACCAGGAUUUCACGGCGUACAGGAAGGAGCGGGGUAAGAUGCUGAUGUCACGCAGAAACCAGCUCCUGCUGGAGUUCAGCUUCUGGAACGAACCCGUACCGCGAGAGGGGCCCAACAUCUAUGAGCUCAGGUCCUACCAGCUCAGGCCAGGAACCAUGAUCGAGUGGGGUAAUUACUGGGCCAGGGCCAUCGGAUACCGCCAGCACAACAGAGAAGCUGUGGGAGGGUUUUUCUCACAGAUCGGCAGCCUCUAUAUGGUUCAUCACCUCUGGGCUUACAAAGACCUUCAGUCCAGAGAAGACACGAGGAACGGCGCCUGGCAGCAGGAGGGCUGGGAUGAGGUCGUGUAUUACACAGUUCCUCUCAUUCAGCACAUGGAUUCCAGGAUUAUGAUCCCGACGAAGGCUUCCCCGCUGCAGUGAAAUGAGACGCAAGCUGCGGUGCUGAUAUCAGGUGGCAACCUUUCAGAUGUUACAUCCACCCCAAGAGCAUCACUAUCCUGCCGGUCAACAUCCCUUCUCUGUUCUCGUCUUGGGUUUUCAAGAUGUCACGAGGACAGAGGAGGUAAAAAUGUCAAACCCGUGUAUCUAAGAUUAAAGUAGUCCGAGCCAGUUACA